AUGCACCCUUCAAAGGAAACCUAUCUCACUCACCCACUUGACAGGUCGAUAAUUACUCUUUGUCUCUCCCUCUCUUCCUCUUUCUAUCCCUCUCUUUCCCUCUUUCCCUCUCUCCCUCCCCUCCUCUCUUCCUCACUCUCUCCCCUCUCCUCCUCCCUCUCUCUCCCUCCCUCUCCUCCUCUCUUCCUCUCUCUCUCCCUCCCUCUCUUCCUCUUUCUAUCCCUCUCUUUCUCUCUCUCUUCCUCUUUCUCUUCAUCCCUCACCUCCUCUCUUCCUUUCUCUCUCCCUCCCUGUCUUCCUCUUUCUACCCCUCUCUUUCCAUCUCUCUUUCUCUCUCCCUCCCUCCCCUCCUCUCUUUUCUCUCUCCAUCUCCUCCUCUCUUCCUCCCUCCCUCUUCCUUUUUCUAUCCCUCUCUUUUCUCUCAGCUCCUCUCUCUCUCCCACCCUCUCUCUCUCCCCUCUCUCCUCCUCUCUUCCUUUCUCUCUUCCUCCCUCUCUUCCUCUUUCUCUCCCUCCCGCUCUCUCUCUCCCUCCCGCUCUCUCUCUCCCUCCCUCUCCUCCUCUUCCUUUCUCUCUUCCUCCAUCUCUUCCUCUUUCUAUCCCUCUCUCUUCCUCUCUCCCUCCCUCCCUCUCCUCCUCUCUUUCCCUCCCUUCCUCCCUCUCUUCCUCUUUCUAUCCCUCUCUUUCCAUCUCUCUUCCUCUCUCUCCCUCCCUCUCCUUCUCUAUCCCUCCCUCUCUUCCUCCCUCCCCCUUUCUCUCAACAUUUCACCCUCAUACACGUGAAGAAGAAGGCCGAAACCUACCAACCUACCUACCCACCUACCUACCCCCAUCCAUCCAUCUAUCUAUCUAUCUAUCUAUCUAUCUAUCUAUCUAUCUAUCUAUCUCAUCUCUUCUAUCUAUCUAUCUAUCUAUCUAUCUAUCUAUCUAUCUAUCUAUCUAUCUCAGUCUCCACAUAUCUAUCUAUCUAUCUAUCUAUCUAUCUAUCUAUAUAUCUAUCUAUCUAUCUAUCUAUCUAUCUAUCUAUCUAUCUCAGUCUCUACAUAUCUAUCUAUCUAUCUAUUUCAGUCUCUAUCUAUCUAUCUAUCUAUCUAUCUAUCUAUCUAUCUAUCUCAGUCAUUUUAUAUCUAUCUAUCUUUAUAUCUAUCUAUCUAUCUAUCUAUCUAUCUAUCUAUCUAUCUAUCUAUCUAUCUAUCUAUUUCAGUCUCUUCUAUCUAUCUAUCUAUCUAUCUAUCAGUCUCUACAUAUCUAUCUAUCUAUCUAUCUAUCUAUCUAUCUAUCUAUCUAUUUCAGUAUCUAUCUAUCUACCUAUUUCAUCUCUUCACUCUCUAUCUAUCUAUCUGUUUUCAUUAUCCAUCUAUCUAUAUAUCUCAGCCUGUUCACAUCUAUCUGUUUAUCUAUCUAUAUUAAUCUGUUCAUCUCUAUCUAUCUCAGCUUUACAAUUUUCUUAUAUCUGUAUUAA